AUGAAAGGGUGUAUAUCAUUCAUACUAUCAUUACUUGUGUUAAUCACUUUAUGUUUAGCCAACACAGAGACAAUUUUAUUUAAGAUCCCUUAUUACUAUAACAUUAAACCUCAUGCAUUACCUUAUACUAAUCCAUCCACUAAUCAUAGCAUAAUCAACAUAAAUGAUACCCAUUCGCUUAUUAACGAUUAUCCAAUAAGGUCUAUCUCAUCAUUAAAUAUCGAUGAGAACUUGAUUAUCUCAAUUGAUGACUAUAACAGUGGUGAACUGUUUGAAAGAACGUUGCUUGUGAAAGUCAACAAUUAUGAAGAUCACUCUUUUGAAUCAAACGAUUUCAUCAAUGUUAAGCUAUGUUGGCCAGCAACUUAUCCCUUUGAUUUUCAUUUAAAUCAUUUAUUCUUAAAACCAAUUGAUUUAGUAGGAGAGGGGGAUACAUUCAGCAAAGAAGAUAAUGAUAACGAGAAUUAUUUUGAUAUAUAUUUGGAAGUUAAAUACAAAUUCAGUGGGUAUACCUUUAAUCCGAGUUCACAUCUGUCGAACCAACAGCUACAAUUUCAACUAUAUAUCAACAAGUUGGCAAAUAAAUUGAUCCCAAUUCCUAAUGAGUUAUAUGGAUUUUUGACUUAUUUUAUCGAUUUGUUAAUCUUUAUGUAUAUCAUACUACCUUAUAUCUAUGAGACCAUUUUUGAAGAUUCAGUUACACUUACCUAG